AUGUCUCAUGCUAUGAAUAAAGUGCCACCUGAUGGAGGAUACGGAUGGGUCGUUACUUUCGCCUACGCUUUAAAUAAUGUAGUUGUACUUCCACUCAUAGCUGGCUUCGGCUUAGUUUUUCAAGAAGCUUUUGAAGAAACAGGUCUUACCGCAACCCAAGGGACUCUAAUCAUUGUAUUAAAUCAUGGAUUGGGAAUGCUUGUAUCCUUUUUUGGAGGCCCAGUACUAAGCCGCUUUGGGUAUAGGAAAGUAGCAAUUACGGGUGCUUUAUUAGUUUCAUCCGGCCUCAUAUUAACCUCGAUGGCCACUAGCUUCUGGUUAUUUUUAAUCUCUUACAGUAUUAUUAAUGCAAUGGGAGUCGCAGCAGUUAUGGCAGCCUUCUCUUUAGCAAUAAAUUCAUUUUUUAAAGAAAAAAGAGGACGUGCUGUAGGACUUGGCAUGUCUAUCACUGGAUUAGGAGCUAUUUACAUGCCUUUAUUGAUGAGUUUACUCAUGUAUACCUAUGGGUGGAGAUAUGCGGUACUUAUUUUAGGUGCAAUUUGUCUGCAUUCUCUUUUAGCUGCAAUCUUACUUAGACCGGCAAAAUGGUACUUAAUAAAUCCUCCAAACACAGAAGAGAUGGUACCAUUAAACAAAGAUACUAGUAUAGAACUGGUUAAUGGAAACAUCAGAAUAUCAUCAAAGACUGGAAUUAAUUCAUCUGACAAACUAGAAUCAUCAAUAGUUAAUAGUUUGCCACAACCAAAAAGUAUUUCUAUGCGUUCACUAAAUUGUCCUAAUGGGAUACAAAACAGAAAUGCGAUCUCACAUCCUGACGUCAGUAGAAAGACCCCUGAACCACCUUUAGCAGAAUCGAAAUAUAAGUGGUGGGAAUCUCAGGAAAUUAACUUAGGCAGUUCUGUUAAUAUAUUCAAGGAAACUGAUCUUGUUGACAGCAAGGAAAGAGAAAUAAAGCAACGAGACCUUACAGAAAAUGAAUCUAAGGGUAUUUUAAAGAAAAUUGUAGAUUUCUUCGAUCUAACGCUACUAAGAGAUCCAAUAUUUGUAAAUAUUUUACUAGGACUAUCACUAGCCUCGUGUGUUGAAACAAAUUUUUCUCUUAUACUACCUAUAAUUCUCAAGGAUAUGUUAAAUUUUGAAACAACGGAUAUAGCCAAGAUCAUGGCAGUGAUAGGAUUUUCUGAUACGAUAUUUCGGUUGUUGUCUGCGUUUAUCGGAGAAUGGUGCCAUAGACCCCCAAGAUUUAUGUACCUUGUUUGUCUGCUAAUAAUUAUAUUUACAAGAACAAUAAUGAUGUUCACCACCUCGUUCAGCGGUAUGUUAUUUGUGGCACUAUUGAUGGGAAUGACCAAAGGAAUACGAACGGUAUACAUGAACAUUAUAGUUCCCAACUAUGUACCAUUAGAGAGGCUGCCUUUCGCAUCUGGUUUACAAAUGUUUUGCAAUGGUAUUGUGAUUAUUACUAUUGGAUCGUUAUUAGGUCGGAUACGAGAUUUAUCUGGAUCUUAUAGAAUACCUAUAGUGGUACUGAAUGCUGUAACAUUUGUGACGGUCAUUAUAUGGAGUGCAGAGUUCUUGUACUUUAGAAUAAAGAAUAAAAAUACAGAAAACGCUCCUGAA